GCAAAAUUGAAUCUUUGGUGGCUGCAGUGAAAAUGAAUGUCGCAAGAAAGUGGCCCAUUGCUUUCCAAUCGACAUGCCGUCCGCGCAUCAUUACACCCAUCACUCACCUUGGAGAACAAGUCGUCCUUCCCCAGCUCCUUCAACAUUUCGCAUGAAACAUGACUUGGUAGGUCACACCACAGAACGCCCAUCAGUCAUUCUGCGAGUCCUACAGGAGGAAAUCCAACCUGUGGAAGGCGUCUAGAUCCUUAUACCUCUCCCACACGACGUACACGACGUCUUCACCGUCGCUUCCCACUGACUUCUCAUCGGCAUUGGGUUUCGAAAGGUCAGUCUUUCUUGCCCAGGUGUACUCCAGAGUCCCUGGCUCGUUUGUCUCGACAUGCUAUUUCAGUCUCUUGGUCCACUCAAGCAUAAUGUGAUUUGAGUCAGGUUUCACCUAGAUCUCUGCGAAGGCAACGAUUUCGCCUUUGACGAAGGAUGCGCCGCUCAAAUCCAUGCUUUCUUUGACCUUGUAAUUGCGGAGUGCUGGAAA